CGAUUUCUGUUCCCGGCUAAUGAUUUUUGAUGAUUUCCAUUUCCGGCGAAUGAUUUUUUGGUGAUUUCCGUUUCCGGCGAAUGAUUUUUGGUGAUUUCCACUGCCGGCUAAUGAUGUUUUUGAGGAAUUUCCGCUCCCGGCUAACGGUUUUUGGUGAUUUCCACUCUUGGCUAAUGAUUUUUGGCUAACCAUUUUUUGGCCAUUUCAGCCACCAUUUUAGUCCCCAUCAGCUCGGCCAGAGAAAUGAAGAUGGAUCUAAUCAUCUUCCAGUGGAUGCAUCAGAAUUGACCAAUUUUGAAGACACGACUACAGCUUUUUCCAACUACAUUUUUCUCGUCCGUUUCUACUUCCCAGCGAUUUAAAUAAAGACAUAUUUGUCUUUUCCCAUUAAAAACCUCCAAGAAAAUUAACUAUAUAAUUUCCAUCUGGGUUGGUCUUUACCGGGGCGAACUCUUUGUUUUACACUCAACGGUUCGGACCGGCUCGGCGGGCGCGCGCGCACAGGAGCACAUGGCUCGUGUUGUUGUUGUUCCAGAAACCCACGUGAGCGCCGCGCGGCGCUUCCCACUGGCACGCGCGGGAGGGCUGAGCGGCGGGGAGAGGCCGUGGAAGCUCAGAGCCGCUCUGACAGUCAGCCGAACGGCAGCACAGCAGCGAAGCAGCCGCCGGAGCGGACACCCAGAGCGGCGGGCAGAGGCGGGACGCGCCCGGAGACUCUCUCCGGAUGGCCGGCGGUCGCGUGUUUCCAGUGUGGCGAGGCAUCGGCGCCGGCAGCAGCAUCAGCUGGAGCCAGGAAUGGAGCCGCUGCCUGAGGUGGGAGUUUGACAGCAGGGAUGGAGGACCCAGAAUCCCCGUCUUCGACUACCCCCUCUGGUUGGUCUUCUGCCGCGGAGGGCAAGCCAGGUUCAGGGAGGUGUGCCAGCGAGGGAGGGGGGCCAUCCGACUGCCCACCGACAUGCUGAGCUUCAAGCUUCCACAGCUCUUUGACAUCCACCAGGUGCCUAAGGUUUUCAGAGAGGAUGGGAUCAUCUCUGGAUAUCGUCACCCACGGAGCUCCGCCCUAGACUGCCUCCUCAGCAGCUUCCAGAUGAACAACGAGACCGUUAACAUCUGGACCCACUUCUUACCGACAUGGUACUUCUUGUGGCGGUUCUUCCUGCUCUGCUCCACCGUGAACUUCCUGAGCGACAGCUACACCUGGCCGCUGCUGGUCUACAUGCUGCUCAUCUGCGUUUACCCCUUCACCUCCUGCUGCGCUCACGUCUUCAGCACCAUGUCCCCAGAGUCCCGACACAUCUGCUACUUCUUCGACUAUGGAGCGCUCAGCCUCUACAGCCUCGGAUGUGCCAUCAGCUAUGGAUACUACGUGAUGCCGGACUGCUGGGUGAACAGCUGGAUCCAGCAGCAUUUCGUUCCCAUCGCCGUUGGAAACAGCCUGUUCUGCACCAGCAUGUCCUGCUACUCACGGUUCGUGGAGCUGCAGUUCCCUCAGAGGAGUAAAGCCUUGAGAACCGGCGCGUUCGUCGUCCCCUUCCUGUUCGACACGGUUCCUCUCUUCUACAGGGUCCUUCUUUUCUGCUGGGGAGGCUGCGGCAUGGGCGACGCCCUCUCCAACCACUGCUACCACCUCCUCUUCGCCUUCCUCACCUGCUUCCUGUUCACCGCUCACCUCCCGGAGAGGCUGGCCCCCGGGCGCUUCGACUACUUUGGCCACAGCCACCAGCUCUUCCACAUCGCCGCCGUGGUGGGAACCCACUUCCAGAUGGAGGGCGUCCUCGCCGACAUGGCGUCCCGCCGCCUGUGGCUGCAGACCCACAGCUCGGCGCCGUCCUUCCUCGGCACGGUUGGCACCCUCGUCCUCAGCUUCAUCCUCAACCUGGGCGUCAUCGCCGUGUUCAGCGCGCCGCUGCUGUGGAAGCCCCGCCCCGACUGCGGCCAGCAGCACACCCCCACCUGCGAGUGCAAGGAGCAGUGAGGGCGGGGCUUCCUUCACAUUCCAAAGGAGCUCCUGCUUUUUUUUCUGUGUUCGCCCAGAAGCCGAUGUCCCGUCUGCGGGUCGAAGGACGCUGCUGCUGCGUGUGCAGGAACUCCGUUUGUCCUCGGGGAGCGCCGCGAGCGUCCUCCUCCAUAAUCUGAUGCAGAUUGGAUCCGCGGCGCUUGAUUUUCAGACGUUUCUGAUUGCCUCCUCGUCAUGAUCUGCCCUCGGAGACGUCCAGCGAGGCGGUGAUUAAAGGACAGGCGCCACUUUUCUAACACCACGUUCCCAUGGUAACCCCCGGAGCCCCGGCGGCGUGGCGUUCCGGUCCAAACCUGUGUUUCAGUUUGACGGAAGGCUGAACGACUUCAGACCUUUUUGUGGUGCUUCAGGUUUAACACUAACCACUCAGUUCUAUGUUUACACUUCACACCAUAAGAAGUCCGAUGUUUUAUAUUUAUUUGCUGCUUUUGAAAAUGUUACAAAUGACAGAAUAAAAUGUCAUCCAAAAAACGAUUUUUGAUCCUAAAAAGGUGGAAGAACUUUAAACUAUUUACUUUAAAGCUGUUCAGGUCAAAAUGUUUGGGGAAAAUUUGGGGAAUAAUUUGGAUUUUGUUCCAUAAAAUGUGGAUAAUUCAAAGUGAGACGAUCUUCCACUUGUUUCUGGUGAAAGAUUCCUGUCAAAGUGGCUCAAUAGGAUGAAGUUUUCUCUGUUUUUUCAGGCCAGUGAUGGAAAACCGUCGGUGUUCGUACCAAACCCUACCUGUCUCAGUAACCAGCUGCUAACACACACUAACUAGCCAGUCAGAACGGAGCUACAUUCAGAGGGAAAAGCAGGUGAUCCGGUGGGAAAGAAGAGGUUUGGAAAGUGUAGAAUCACAGAAGAACUUUUCUUAGCAGUGUUUAGUCCAGAAUCUCCUCAUUUCUGAGGAAAACAUGGAGUUUUAUUCUGCAAUCGCUCAUAAAUCCUGACGGUGAACGGUGGAAACUCCGACAGUAAUCUGUGGAUUAGACGGCGUUUGAUGAGAGACAGUGGGACGGAAAUCUUUGAUGGAAAAAAUACAUGUUAUGUCUUUUUUAUUCUUUUUUUUUACUACUUUUCUCUGGUUUGAUGUGUUUUUUAAACUGUUUUAUCAGAUAUUUGUGUGAAUUGUAAUUUGCUUUGACAGGCUCGUUUAAUUAAACUGAAGCUUUUAUAAACGCAGUUAUUGUGAA